AUGCCCAGAACCAACACCAACAACACGUAUGCCCACUGCCACCACUACUACAGCCAGCCAGACUCCAACCACCUUUGUUUUUACAUCAACCACACCAGGUAUUGGGGAGUGUCUGUUCCAGUCACAUGCAAUCCUUGUGAAUGGUCGCCAUGGUAUGAUACCAGCUUUCCCACACUGGGAACUCCAGGAGGAGACAAUGAAACUUACCAAAACAUCAAAGCGGCAGGACACAAGAUAUGUGAUGUGCCAAGCCAGAUCCAGUGCAGGGCAGAGAAAUUCCCGAAUGUGUCUAUUGACAAUUGCAUGCCCAACAAAGCCUGCUCCAUCGUCAAUACCUCCAAGCUCAACCACAAAGCCCCCACUACAACUCAGCCACCUUCAAGUGCUACUUCCACCACUACACCUUCUAUCCCAACUGAAAAAACUAAAACUCAGCCGCCUUCAACUACUACUUCCACCACUACCCCUUCAACCCCAACAAAAACAGCUUCAACUCAGCCACCAUCAACUACUCCUUCCCCCACUACCCCUUCUACCCCAACUGAAACAGCUACAACUCAGCCUCCUUCAAGUGCUACUUCCACCACUACUCCUUCUAUCCCAACUGAAAAAACUAAAACUCAGCCGCCUUCAACUACUACUUCCACCACUACCCCUUCAACCCCAACAAAAACAGCUUCAACUCAGCCACCAUCAACUACUCCUUCCCCCACUACCCCUUCUACCCCAACUGAAACAGCUACAACUCAGCCUCCUUCAAGUGCUACUUCCACCACUACUCCUUCUAUCCCAACUGAAAAAACUAAAACUCAGCCGCCUUCAACUACUACUUCCACCACUACCCCUUCAACCCCAACAAAAACAGCUUCAACUCAGCCACCAUCAACUACUCCUUCCCCCACUACCCCUUCUACCCCAACUGAAACAGCUACAACUCAGCCUCCUUCAAGUGCUACUUCCACCACUACUCCUUCUAUCCCAACUGAAAAAACUAAAACUCAGCCGCCUUCAACUACUACUUCCACCACUACCCCUUCAACCCCAACAAAAACAGCUUCAACUCAGCCACCAUCAACUACUCCUUCCCCCACUACCCCUUCUACCCCAACUGAAACAGCUACAACUCAGCCUCCUUCAAGUGCUACUUCCACCACUACUCCUUCUAUCCCAACUGAAAAAACUAAAACUCAGCCGCCUUCAACUACUACUUCCACCACUACCCCUUCAACCCCAACAAAAACAGCUUCAACUCAGCCACCAUCAACUACUCCUUCCCCCACUACCCCUUCUACCCCAACUGAAACAGCUACAACUCAGCCUCCUUCAAGUGCUACUUCCACCACUACUCCUUCUAUCCCAACUGAAAAAACUAAAACUCAGCCGCCUUCAACUACUACUUCCACCACUACCCCUUCAACCCCAACAAAAACAGCUUCAACUCAGCCACCAUCAACUACUCCUUCCCCCACUACCCCUUCUACCCCAACUGAAACAGCUACAACUCAGCCUCCUUCAAGUGCUACUUCCACCACUACUCCUUCUAUCCCAACUGAAAAAACUAAAACUCAGCCGCCUUCAACUACUACUUCCACCACUACCCCUUCAACCCCAACAAAAACAGCUUCAACUCAGCCACCAUCAACUACUCCUUCCCCCACUACCCCUUCUACCCCAACUGAAACAGCUACAACUCAGCCUCCUUCAAGUGCUACUUCCACCACUACUCCUUCUAUCCCAACUGAAAAAACUAAAACUCAGCCGCCUUCAACUACUACUUCCACCACUACCCCUUCAACCCCAACAAAAACAGCUUCAACUCAGCCACCAUCAACUACUCCUUCCCCCACUACCCCUUCUACCCCAACUGAAACAGCUACAACUCAGCCUCCUUCAAGUGCUACUUCCACCACUACUCCUUCUAUCCCAACUGAAAAAACUAAAACUCAGCCGCCUUCAACUACUACUUCCACCACUACCCCUUCAACCCCAACAAAAACAGCUUCAACUCAGCCACCAUCAACUACUCCUUCCCCCACUACCCCUUCUACCCCAACUGAAACAGCUACAACUCAGCCUCCUUCAAGUGCUACUUCCACCACUACUCCUUCUAUCCCAACUGAAAAAACUAAAACUCAGCCGCCUUCAACUACUACUUCCACCACUACCCCUUCAACCCCAACAAAAACAGCUUCAACUCAGCCACCAUCAACUACUCCUUCCCCCACUACCCCUUCUACCCCAACUGAAACAGCUACAACUCAGCCUCCUUCAAGUGCUACUUCCACCACUACUCCUUCUAUCCCAACUGAAAAAACUAAAACUCAGCCGCCUUCAACUACUACUUCCACCACUACCCCUUCAACCCCAACAAAAACAGCUUCAACUCAGCCACCAUCAACUACUCCUUCCCCCACUACCCCUUCUACCCCAACUGAAACAGCUACAACUCAGCCUCCUUCAAGUGCUACUUCCACCACUACUCCUUCUAUCCCAACUGAAAAAACUAAAACUCAGCCGCCUUCAACUACUACUUCCACCACUACCCCUUCAACCCCAACAAAAACAGCUUCAACUCAGCCACCAUCAACUACUCCUUCCCCCACUACCCCUUCUACCCCAACUGAAACAGCUACAACUCAGCCUCCUUCAAGUGCUACUUCCACCACUACUCCUUCUAUCCCAACUGAAAAAACUAAAACUCAGCCGCCUUCAACUACUACUUCCACCACUACCCCUUCAACCCCAACAAAAACAGCUUCAACUCAGCCACCAUCAACUACUCCUUCCCCCACUACCCCUUCUACCCCAACUGAAACAGCUACAACUCAGCCUCCUUCAAGUGCUACUUCCACCACUACUCCUUCUAUCCCAACUGAAAAAACUAAAACUCAGCCGCCUUCAACUACUACUUCCACCACUACCCCUUCAACCCCAACAAAAACAGCUUCAACUCAGCCACCAUCAACUACUCCUUCCCCCACUACCCCUUCUACCCCAACUGAAACAGCUACAACUCAGCCUCCUUCAACCGCCUUCAACUACUACUUCCACCACUACACCUUCUUCCACAACAGAAACAGCUACAACUCAACCACCUUCAACUAUUACAUCCACAACUACCCCUCCUACCCCAACUAA